UCACGAGUGAGAAGGCGAGGGACGCAUCACGCACGUAUCCUGCCUGGCUCUCCAGCUCGCUCACUCGUCUCGCAAAUGGCGAAGCGGCACUAGAGGUGGGGGGCGCCACCAACGAUCCCUUUCCCUAUGCCAUUCGGGCAAAAAGCGAAUUAAACUCUCUCUCUCUUGGACUCUCGCUUUUACUUUCCUCAGCUGUUGUAGUAAGUUUCUUUCCUUUUGUCUUCCCGAUGCAAUGAAAAUACAACAAUCCAUUUGCUUUACUUUUCUGUCUUUGGGAUUCUCCACCAUUCUCCCAAGCAACAGUUGCCAGAUUCGAUAAUCGAGACCAAACUCCCUCACCCAUCUAGCCUCGGCCGGCAACGAUGCCGACGUCUCUGCAUUUCAUUGCCAGUUUCCGGUGACAGUUACAGAUCUGCAGAAGAGUAAGUAAGGACAUAAAGAAAUGCUAGAGACUCUAGUGGGUCUUUCUGAACAAGCCAUCAACCCAAACAACAGCGAUAAUAAGAAAAGAAAAUCUGAAGAAGAAGAAGAGGUGGAGUUCGUGGUCUCGCAGCCGUGCGUGGUGGUGGGUCGGACACGAUCCCCAGCCGGUUCCAGGCGCGUGACUCCCACUGCCACAACCGCCACAACCUCCGUCGAGAAGGUCCUCUUAAACGGGGACCUCUACAUUGGAACGUUAUUCGGUAAGGCCCCCCACGGCACCGGCAAAUAUCUAUGGUCGGACGGGUGCAUGUACGAAGGGGAAUGGAAGAAAGGCAAGGCAAGCGGCAAAGGCAAGUUCUCGUGGCCCACCGGAGCAACCUACGAAGGAGAAUUCAGGUCGGGCCGAAUAGAGGGGCACGGAACCUUCAUUGGCAUCGAUGGAGACACCUACAGGGGCUCCUGGGUCGCGGAUCGUAAGCACGGCUUCGGCGUGAAGCGCUACGCUAAUGGGGAUGUGUAUGAAGGUUCAUGGAAAUGCAAUUUGCAGCAUGGUGAAGGGAGAUAUGUCUGGAGCAAUGUAAAUGAGUAUGUCGGUGAGUGGAAGAACGGGUUUAUUUCCGGGAAAGGGGUUCUGAUUUGGGCCAAUGGGAAUAAGUAUGAGGGGUAUUGGGAGAAUGAGGUGCCAAAGGGUAAAGGAGUAUUCACUUGGGCAGAUGGGAGCAGCAAUGCCGGGUCUUGGGGUAAGGAUUUUCACUUUCAGGUCGAAGCUGCGAGGAAGAGGUCGUCUGUGGAUGUUGAGAAUGUGGAUUUGGAUGUUGCGAGGAAUGUGAAUUUUCCGCGGAUUUGCAUCUGGGAAUCGGAUGGAGAGGCUGGAGAUAUUACUUGUGAUAUUGUAGAUAAUGUGGAGGCGUCUAUGUUCUAUAAGGGGGGUAAGGAGUGUAGCUACGGAGGUUCUGUCGGGCAGACACCGAGGAGUCCGUGCUUGUUGGCCAAUGGAGAGAUUAAGAAGCCUGGGCAGAUGAUAUCCAAGGGGCAUAAGAACUACGAUUUGAUGCUUAAUCUCCAACUGGGUAUUAGACACUCUGUUGGAAAGCAUGCUUCAACAUGGAGGGAGCUCAGGCCAGGGGAUUUCGAUCCCAAGGAGAAGUUUUGGACAAGGUUUCCUCCGGAAGGGUCUAAGUGUACGCCGCCGCAUCAGUCUUUGGACUUCAAAUGGAAGGAUUAUUGUCCGGUGGUGUUCAGACAUCUGAGGGAACUGUUUGCAAUAGAUCCGGCGGAUUACAUGCUUGCUAUUUGUGGAAAUGACGCACUUAGGGAGUUGUCUUCCCCGGGGAAGAGCGGAAGUUUAUUCUACCUUACACAAGAUGACCGAUUUAUGAUAAAAACUGUCAAGAAAUCUGAGGUCAAGGUGCUUAUUAGGAUGCUUCCAAGUUACUACCAACAUGUUUAUCAGUACAAGAACUCGUUGAUAACAAAAUUCUUUGGCGUUCAUUGUGUUAAACCAGUGGGAGGUCAAAAGAUGCGUUUCAUUGUGAUGGGCAAUCUGUUUUGUUCGGAGUAUCGAAUCCACAAAAGGUUUGACCUUAAAGGUUCUUCUUAUGGCCGCACAACUGACAAGCCUGAAGAGGAAAUAGAUGAGACAACAACACUCAAAGACCUUGAUUUGAACUAUGUGUUUCGCUUGGAAUGUUCUUGGUUUCAAGAACUUAUCUGGCAAAUCGAUAAAGACUGUGAAUUCUUGGAAGGGGAGAGAAUCAUGGAUUACAGUCUUUUAAUUGGCGUUCACUUCCGUGAUGAUUGCUCAGUCAAUGAGAUGAAGAUGUCCCCCUUUGACACGCGUUCCGGCAAAAGAGAUAUGCAUCUUGAUGACACAUUCAAACAAGGUUACGAUAUAAAUAAAGUAGAGCUGCAGGAAAUGGAUUGGAUUCUGGUAGGCCGGGGCCCACUGAUCCGGUUAGGGGCAAACAUGCCUGGAAGAGCAGAGCGGGUGUCAAGGUUUGGCGUGGAUCAGCAUUCAGGUAGUGGAAGUAGUAAUUCAACCCCUUCGCAGGGUGGUGGGGAGAUCUUUGACGUGAUUCUCUUCUUUGGCAUCAUUGACAUUCUCCAAGAUUAUGAUAUUAGCAAAAAGCUAGAACAUGCCUACAAGUCAUUGCAAGUGGAUCCCACCUCCAUCUCAGCGGUGGAUCCUAAGCUUUACUCCAAAAGAUUCCGGGAUUUCAUACACCGAAUUUUUGUGGAUGACAAGUGAAAUUAUGGGUGAUUUUGAAGAAAACCCAACUGUCAUGACUGAUGAGUGGCAGCGCCAUGCAAGCAGAAUGCCAGGGUGCAUGAAUCUCCAUGGCCAUGAAAGCUGCAAAUAGGCUGCUGCAGGGCCAGAUUGAAUGGUGGCAGGAAAAGAGCCCCGGGGAUGUUAAUGACUACAUUGUUGAGAAUCCCUCCUUGAUUUAGUUGGCGGGAUGUAUGUGUUAAGAGAUGUCAUUCUUUUUUAUUUUUUGAUAAAUUUUUGUAUUUAUCUUGGGAAAUUAAGAUAUAUUGGUCUCUGGAAGUAGGGUGUAGAAGAUAUAGAGAAAUGCUUCCGGAGGGAUGUGGAAUUGGUGGAUAAAUAAAAUGUGUACAGGAAGACAAUAGAUAGGUUAUUAGAUUUGAACACUUCUUUUUUGUGGUUGGAACUUGGUGCAGUGAGAAAUUUUGUUAUUGGUAUUGAAUUUUAUC